CGUGUGCGUGCGUGCGCGUGUCAAUCCAGAGGCUCGCGGCUGCCUCUUCUCACUUGAGGAUGCGCGCGUUGUGAAUCUAAGAUGCUGCUGAUGAUGAAGACGAAGAAGAAGAAGAAGAUGAUAAAGAUGGUGAUGGUUUGGAGGGAGCGCAAGGACACGCGGCGAACAUCCUGCACUGACAAACACUCUGGAAAUGAAUAAAUGAGCAUCUGCGCAAGAGAAAGAGAGGAAGUAACAAACGGCGCGCGCGGGGAAGGGGAGAUCGUCGUUGUCGCUGUAGUGUUGAUGGUGUAAACGGACACGGAUCGUACUGUGUUUCCUUUUUUAUUUUAGAUAUUUAUUGUGUUUGUUUUGCCUUGGAAAUGGCGUUAAAGAUUAAAGGCCGGUCGCGCGCGAGGAACGCCGGGUGUAUAACGGCGCUAUAAGACGGAGGAGGAGAAGAAGAGGAGAAGGAGGCGGAGGAGGAGGAGGAGGCGGCGGGGGGCGCGAGCAGUUACCGGCUCGCAGAAGGAAAAGCCGAUCGCAUGGAGUCCGAUGAGGUUCAGAUGAUUUUAUUGAUUUUUUGUUUUUUGGAGAAUCCUUCGACGUGAGCGUGCGCACAUAGAGCGUGCGUUCGUGCGCGCGCGAACCCCCACAUACCGUAUACCACCUCUCCGCCCCGCCCCCCCGACCUUCCGUUCCCCCGGUCCCAUUCCGUUUCAUUCCAUUCCAAUAGAGCGCGCGCGCGGCGGAGUGGCGGCGUUAUAAAUUAAAGAAGAGACAUUACGUUUCCUCCGGUUUCUCUUCACGAUGCUGCUGCAAACACCGGACACCGAGCUUUAGUCCUCCUCCUCCACCGCGCGUGAGGAGGCGGAGAGGAGAGGGCGCGCGGGCCUUUGGUGGUGUGUGUGUGUUGGGGGGCUGGUGGGGGGUGAGCAGGAAUUUUCUCUGUCAGCGCACACGGAGGAGUGAGCAACACCGGAGGCGGUGAAGGCACCGGAGACAGAAACCCGCAGGCGCGCGCUUGUAUGUGUGUGAGGGAGAGAGAGAGAAGAUUCAGAGAGAACAACCCGAAUCCUGACAGGAAUCACAUUUACGGGAUCCGAAUCCAGGUACAGACUCAGUGUCCAAGCCAAGAAUUCCUAAGUGCUGGAUCUCAGAGGGAAUAUUUUAGAGGAAGGAAGAGUCCAUGGAGCGCUCGAGGACGACCGGCGUCUGCCUGUGGUUAGGCCUGGUCUCCAUUGCAAUGACUGUGACAGAUGUCCAUGCCGGGAUAGUAAAUGAGACGUGUUCGGAGGAGACAUCAAAAUGCAAGCCGGGAAUCCUGUUACCAAUCUGGUAUCCAGAGAACCCGUCGACCGGGGACAAAAUGGCACGUGUAAUUGUCUACUUUGUGGCAAUGAUCUACAUGUUCCUGGGGGUGUCCAUCAUCGCCGACCGCUUCAUGGCUGCCAUCGAGGUCAUCACGUCCCAGGAGAGAGAGAUUGUGGUGAAGAGGGCAAACGGGGAGACCAUGACAACCACGGUGCACAUUUGGAAUGAAACGGUGUCGAACCUGACACUGCUGGCUCUGGGCUCGUCUGCUCCUGAGAUCUUACUCUCUGUGAUUGAGAUCUGCGGUCACGGGUUCCAUGCCGGAGAUCUAGGACCGUCCACAAUCGUAGGCAGCGCCGCAUUUAACAUGUUUGUCAUCAUUGGCAUUUGCGUGUCUGCGGUGCCAGACGGUGAAGUGCGUAAGGUGAAGCACCUGCGCGUGUUCUUUGUGACGGCAGCUUGCAGCGUGUUCGCAUACGUCUGGCUCUACAUGAUCCUCGCUGUUUUCUCGCCCAAUGAGGUGCACGUGUGGGAGGGGCUUAUAACACUCGCCUUUUUUCCUGCCUGUGUUACGCUAGCAUGGGCUGCUGACCGCCGUCUACUCUUCAACAAGUUCACACACAAGACCUACAGAGCUGACAAGCACCGCGGCGUGAUCAUCGAGACGGAGGGUGAGCGGUCCAAGGGCAUCGAGAUGGAUGGGAAGAUGGUGAACUCGCACUUCCUGGACGGUAGCGCUGCUACCAAUUUGAUUGGGAUGAUGGAGGGAAAAGAAAUGGAUGAAUCGCGUCGGGAGAUGAUUCGGAUUUUGAAGGACCUAAAGCAGAAACAUCCAGAGAAGGACCUGGACCAGCUGGUAGAGAUGGCAAACUACUAUGCGCUGUCUCACCAGCAGAAGAGCCGAGCGUUCUACCGCAUCCAGGCCACACGGAUGAUGACCGGUGCUGGGAACAUCCUGAAGAAGCAUGUUGCUGAGCAGGCAAAGCGCAGCACUAGCAUACAGGAAGUGCAUGUGGAAGAGUCGGAAGACUUCAUGACACGGAUCGGAUUUGAGCCUGCUGCAUAUCAGUGCUUGGAGAACUGUGGCGCCGUCCUAUUAACCGUCGUGCGUAAAGGCGGUGACGUCUCAAAGACGAUAUACGUCGACUACAAGACCGAAGAUGGCUCGGCCAAUGCUGGUGCCGAUUAUGAGUUCACGGAGGGCACGGUGGUCUUCAAACCCGGAGAGGUCAUCAAAGAGAUCGCCAUUGGCAUCAUUGAUGACGACAUCUUUGAGGAGGACGAGCACUUCUUUGUCCGGCUCAGCAACGUUCGGACGCUCGACUCGGCAGUGGAGGACGAGAUGCCGGCAUACCCCGCGGUGGCGCUUGGGUUUCCCGCUGUAGCCACUGUAACCAUCCUGGACGACGACCAUGCGGGCAUCUUCACAUUUGAUAGCGGGACAGUGCACGUUAGUGAAAACGUGGGGAUCAUGGAGGUCAAGGUGCUCCGGACAUCUGGGGCGAGAGGGACAGUCAUUGUUCCGUACCGCACUGUUGAGGGACUGGCUAAAGGAGGUGGGGAAGACUUUGAGGACACGUACGGAGAGCUGGAGUUCAGAAACGAUGAGACCUGUAAAAUGAUCCAGGUGAGAAUAAUUGAUGAUGAGGAGUAUGAGAAGAACAAAAACUUCUUUCUGGAACUGGCAGAGCCGCGUAUGGUGGACAUGAGCCUGCAGAAAGCUCUGUUGUUAGCUGACGAUGUUCCUGACAGGAAGUUGUCAUCAGAGGAAGAGGAAGCGAGGAGAGUAGCUGAGAUGGGAAAGCCGAUCCUGGGAGAGCAUUCUAAACUGGAAGUGAUCAUCGAAGAGUCCUACGAGUUCAAGAACACAGUAGAUAAGUUGAUUAAGAAGACAAACCUGGCUCUGGUUGUUGGCACCAGCUCAUGGAGGGAGCAGUUCAUGGAGGCCAUUACAGUUAGCUCAGGUGAUGAGGAUGAUGAUGAUGCAGGGGAGGAGCGUCUCCCAUCAUGUUUUGAUUACGUCAUGCAUUUUCUAACCGUGUUCUGGAAGGUUCUGUUUGCGUGUGUUCCUCCCACUGAGUACUGGAAUGGCUGGGCAUGCUUCUUCAGCUCCAUCAUUAUCAUUGGCUUCCUCACAGCCAUUAUUGGAGAUCUCGCCUCGCACUUUGGCUGUACCAUUGGCCUUAAGGACUCCGUCACCGCUGUCGUCUUUGUCGCCCUCGGCACCUCUGUCCCAGACACGUUUGCAAGUAAAGUGGCAGCGGUGCAGGACGUGUAUGCGGAUGCGUCCAUCGGGAACGUGACGGGCAGUAAUGCAGUGAAUGUGUUUGUGGGACUGGGCGUGGCCUGGUCUGUAGCGGCUGUGUACUGGCGCGCUCACGGCGGCGUAUUCGUGGUGCCCGCCGGCUCGCUCGCCUUCUCUCUCACACUCUUCUGUGUCUUUUCUGUCUUUGCCGUGCUCGCCCUGAUGUACCGUCGCCGUGGCAACAUCGGUGGAGAGCUCGGCGGGCCGAGACGCCAUCGCAUCAUCACUACGCUCUUCUUCAUCAUGCUGUGGUUCUUCUACAUCCUGCUCUCCAGCCUAGAGGCUUACUGCCACAUCCAGGGCUUCUAGAGACAUGGUUGAAGAUGGGGGCGGGAGAGAGAGAGAGAGAGAGAGAGAGAGAGACAGAGAGAGAGAGUAAUGUUUAGAGCAGAACACGUCCUUUAUCUCUUUCACUUGAAAUAACUUAAGAGUCAUUACAUGCAGUCAGAGAGAGUGUGUGUGUGUGUGAGAGAGAGAGAGAGAGAGAGAGAGAGAGAGAGAGAGUAGGACAAAACAACAGUCCUCCCUCUAUCACACUACCUCUCUCUCUCUAUUUCUCUCUCUCUCUCUCUCUCUCUCUCUCCUUUCUUCCCUUUCUCUCAUUUCUUCUCUCUCCCACCCAAAGAUCAAACACCAGAGUCUUAACUCCGAGUUAGAGAGAGAGAGAGAGAGAGAGAGAGAGAGAGAAAGGAAACAGAGGGAUGGCUCAGACUCGUCCUCUCUCUCAGUACAGAGUGUAUGUGAGGAGUCUGAGUUUCUCCAGAGUCUCUAUUUUUUCUCGCCACUUGCAGAGGAACUGAACUCUUUUUCUAAUUAAGUAUUUUGGGGAAAAAAAACACAGAAAAAGACAACAAUUAAAAAAAUAAUGUACAAAAAGAGAGCGAACUAUUUUCAAAUUACGUACCGGAGCAGAGUUUAUGUAUCCAAUAUGAUCACUGUUCUCCAGUGGAACUCAUGAUGUCGUUUUUUUGUGUUUGCUAACUUCGCUAAAACUCACAAGCUUACAACACAUAUAUACACACACACACACACACACACAGAAUACAGAUGAGACUGGAAGAGGAGAGGAACGAGGGACCGCAGAAAAACGAGUCUAACCUGCUUGCAUCACUUCCUGAAUGGAUCUACAUACUGUAUGAUACAAAACAUAAUGUUGCCAUGUUUUUUGUAUAUGUUGUGCAUUUUGGUCAUACACAAACACACACACACACACACAGACACACACGCACUGAGUGACACACACACAGAGGGAAUUCAUAAGCUCUGCAGCGUGGUGGUGUUUACAUGUUUGGGUGAAAUUUGUUAACACAAUCUCUACGAAAUUCUCAUCUAAAAUAGAAACCUCUGCUGUGUUAGACCGAAGGUUCAGAUGGACGGAAGCUGAAGCUGGGGAAAUAUCUGAGGUCACGUGGAGACGUGUGAGUGUUGUGCAGAGAUGAAACAAUCAUUAAGAGUGUACAAGCUCACACUCUGUGGUGGUGCUGUUACAGUGUACACACGACAGGAAGAAGAGUUCCAGGUGUGUGGCGUGUCGGUCAGUUAGCGUGUACGCGGUACAGCCGGCGAGGUCUCCACAAGCCGUAUGGUUCUCCACAGUUACGUCCUGUUGUUUGUGGAAGCUAGCUGAAUGUCGUCUCUGUAGGAACUUUGCUGAAGCUGUACCGUUGCUUCAUGUCGUAGUGUAGACGAGGGAAAACACUGCCAGCUAAUGUGACCUCCACAGUUCCAUCAUGGCCGAGCGGAUUCCUCAGGAACACGUUCAGACCAGGAGCCAGACAGCCAGAGCUACUGGGGCGGGGCCAAUAACCAAAGAGUACAAUAGAGGAAGGAGCUGUGUGUGUGUGUGUGUGUAUUCCUGUAACCCAACCUGUCAGCCUGUCUUUCAUCUACACACACACACACACACAGAAGAGAAACAUGGCUGUUGUAUAUUUUUAUACACUUCUUCAAUUUGUGAGUCUGAUUUUCUCCUCCUAACCUUUGACCUUUGACCCUGGAGUUUUUCUGCACAUUGUAAAUGAUUUUAAUAUUCAGAUUCAGCUAUUCUGGGGGUGGGGCAUGGCUGGGGCAAACACACACACACACACACACAUUUAUAUAUAAAAUCUAUCUUUAUCUUGGCUGUUUGUUUUAUUUUUGAUGUAAUUUUGUGUUUUUAUGACUGAAGGCCUGUGUGCAGAUCAAACAAUCCAUAUAUGGACAGGUGGGCAGGUCUUUAAAUCCAUAUAUAGAAGUCUUAAAGUAAGCAUAAGGCAGCUGAUUGGUAUUGGUGCAUGUAUGAUCACAGAGUUUAUUAGCCAGCUCGCUAACCUGACAGGAUUUCUAUAUUAAUUCAACAACUCUUCAGAGCUAAUGCAGCUUUUAAACGUCCUUAAUAUUUACUGCUAAUGCUAGGUAACUGGCUAAUGAGAGCUAAUGAGAAAGGAUUUUUAUGUCAUAUUUUUCAGCUAUUAUAAUCAUUAUUAAAGCUAGCCAGAUAGCUAGCAUAAGUUAACCUGACAGGAUUUCUAAAUAAUAUUUAUAAUUGUUCCCUUUAGAAGGUGACUAACGAACAUGCUGGAACCUGACGGGAUUUGAAAAAAGAAAACACAAAUCCAUACUGAGUGAUUUUAUAAUCUUCCCUGUUACCACUAGCUAGCGUGCACAAGCUAACCGGAGAGGAUUACUGACAGGAUAUGAAGUCAGGUCAUGAAUCAUCUUAACCGCUAAUGCUAGCUAGAUAAAACAAGCUAACCUGACAGAAUCUGAACCUAAAUAAUAAACAAUCUUCCUCAUUAACGCUAGUUAUCUAAAAUAAACUAAUCUGACAGGAUUAUUGAGAGAACAUUCAUAAAUAUCUCCAGUGCUAAUGCUAGCUACAUAGCUAAUGUUAUUGCACCAGAAAGGAAUCUAAAUCUUAGCAACAAGUCAGUAAACUUUCUGCUAUCACCAGAUAUGAUCUGCACACAGAUCCUCCUCACACGGUGUGUGUGUGUGUGUGUUAAUAAACAUAUUUUAAUUUUAA